AUGCUGAUUGCGGCUGCUGACAGUCUUCCAUUUGCAGAUGAUUGCGUUUCGUUAAGAGGUGGCGACAGUGUUCCAUUAGAUGAUAGUGUUCCAUUAGCACUUGUCAAUGGUGUUUUGUUUUCGGCCGCUGAUAGUGUUUCAUUACUCGAUGCCAAUAGUGGAUCUUCAGCAGGUAAGGAUAGUGUUUCAUUAGAGAGUGUUGGUAGAAUCCUGUUAGCACUCGGCGAUAGUACUUUGUUAUUAGCGGGUGAUGGUGCUUCACUUAUGGACGACGAUAGUUGUUCCUCGGCGGGCGAUGUUAGCGUUUCAGUACUGGAUGCCAAUAGUGGUUCUUCAGCAGGUAACGAUAGUGUUUCAUUAGAGAGUGUUGUUAGAAUCCUGUUAGCACUCGGCGACAGUGUUUCGUUAACGGAUGACAAUAUUGGUUCUUCAGCAGGUGACAGUAGUGUUUCAUUAGAGAGUGAUGGUAGAGUAUCGUUGACGCUCGGCGAUAGUGCUCCGCUAUCAGCGGGUAGUGGUGCUUCACUUAUGGACGACGAUAGUUGUUCCUCGGCGGGCGAUGUUAGUGUUUCAUUAGCAAGUAAUGAUAGUGAUCCAUUGGUGGGUGUCGAUAACGUUUCUUGGCAACAACGGCAAACGAUGAAGUGCUAUUCUUCAGCAGUUGAGUUUGUCCUUCUUUAA